CUGCCUGCCCGCCCCCCGGCCCGGCCCGGCCCGGCCCCGCUCCCGCUCCGCCCCAGGACCGCCUGCCAGGGCGGGGCCGCCAUUUGAACGCGGGGCGGUGGCAGGGACGGCAGGUAACGGACGGCGUGGCUCCACGGGGCCUGGUGUCGGGUCUCCCUUUGUGUCUGGCAGUAUUUGUUAGAAGGAAUUGAACUGCAAAAUGACCGUCCUGACUGGAGCCUACCCUGGCUAAAGAUUCCAUGUGAAUUUAGCACUUUAGUCUUUUAUUAAUGCAUCACGAUGUACAGCUGUUGUUUUCACGAUCUAGUCUUUCCAACACUGUUUCAAUGGUCUCCUGUACUCACGGGUAGGAAUGCAGAAGGAAACUCUUCAUAACGGGUUCUGCUCUUAGGCUGCCAUGAGUGACUCGUCCCCGCUGUUUGUGGCUGGAGCAAACACUGUGGAAGAGCAGAGGGCUCGCUGGGAGAGAAAGCGCAGCCGGACAGCCAAGGAGCUGCUGGAAACUGAACACAACUACCUUGAGCAGCUGGAUUUGGUGGUCACAUUCUUUGUGACAAUUUUAAAGGCCAAAGGGACGCUGAAAUCUGCUGUGUUGGAAAGCAUAUUUGGACCCCUGGAACCCAUAUAUUCGGCCAGCCAGGUUUUGUCACUUCACCUGGAGAGAGGGAAUUUAGCACUAGGACUGGAAAACUUCUGUCAGAAUUUGGAGCUUUAUGGCCAAUACGCCGAGAAUUUGGAGCAGGCAAACAAAACCUUGAACGAGCAACUGAGGAAAAAUAAGUCAUUCCGACGUUUUAAGAAACUCCAGGAGUCUCGACCCCAGUUUCAAGGGAAGAAACUAGAGGAUCUGCUUCCUUUGCCCCUGCAGAGGCUGCACCAGUACAAGCAUUUCCUCAGAGACCUGCUGGAGAACACCAGCCCAGACAGUGCUGAGUGCCAGAAACUUGCAAAGGCUGUAAAAUCAGUUUCUGAGGUAUCUCGGUGGGUCCAAGACAUCAUUCGUAAGAGAGAGAACUCAUUGCAGCUACUUCGGGUUCAGAAACUGCUCAAAGGACAGAAGACCCAGGUGUUGACUCCAGGGCGCUGGUACAUCCGGGAAGGCUGGCUUCUGGUGGUGCCUUCAAAGGGAGAAGAACUGAAGCACAGGAUGUUCUUCCUCUUUUCUGACAUCUUUAUUGCCACAAAGCCCUGCCACCCGCUGCACCUGCUGAACUCGAAAAAAUUGGCAUGCCAGGCUGUCUACCCACUUCACCAGUGCGUAGUGGAUAAGGUGUUCGGCCACACAAAGAGCCAGGGAGGGCUCCUCAGUCUCUCCUUUCCACACAAGACACUGUUGCUGAUGUCCAGCGACCAAGAAGAUAUUGAUGACUGGUAUCGGAGUCUCACAGCUGCAGUCAGGCAGCUGAAAGUCUGACCCACCUGAGUGGCAGGACAACCGCCCCUCUUGGUAGCAGCCUACACAAUCCUAGGAAAUGUUCAAGGAUGUAUAGUAGAAGAAUUGCAUUUAGAGGGACUACACACUGUACUUGUGAUAUUAGGAAUGCUUUGUCAGAUGUCCUAAUCUUAAUACAGAUAUUGCAAAAAAAUAGGUAUGCACACUAAGGAUUUGUAUAUAAAAAAAAUCUGUAUCAAGACUUUUCCCAAACUUAGCUUAAAAGCGUCUUGUUUUUCUACUUUUGUUUUUUUCUUUAGAUUAUUAAUUUAAGGACAAGCAGAAGUGAACCUGACUUGCUUUCCCUCAUUAAAUAAUUGUACACAACUGUCUUUAUAAA